CACCACACCACGACCAAAGCCUCUCACGGCAACAUCCACUAAACAUGGCGACCGAAAAAGCCCAGCCCUAUACAUACGACCUCGGUCACAUGCUCAUCAACGACCCGAACCCUCUCCCCACCCUCACCAACAACCCCGACAAAGAAGCCCUCCUCGCCAACAUCGCCCAAGACUGCGCCCAAAACCUCAUCAACCAACUCCUAACAACAUGCCCCAUAACCCGCUCCACCGACGACGGCGCCCUACAAAUCGACCUCCCCGGUCCAGUCCUCCAACUCCCACGAGAAAAACCCGUGCCCAAAGAAAAGGAGAAGACGAAAUGGGACAAGUUCGCGGAGAAGAAGGGUAUCGCGCCGAAGAAGAGGGAGGGCAAGAUGGUUUAUGAUGAGGAGAAGAAGGAUUGGGUGCCGAAGUAUGGGUAUAAGGGGAAGAGCGAUGGUGGGGAUUGGUUGGUUGAGGUGGAGGAUGAGAAGCCCGAGAAGGAGGACAAGGCGGGGAGCAAGAAGGGGUAUGGGAAUCCGAAGGAGAUUCGGGGUGGACCGGAGAGGAGGGAGAGGAAGAUGAAGGCCAGGAAGGGGAAUAGCACUCAAGUCGUUCGUGCCUUGUUGCCUUACGGCCUCGUCUUGUUCGCGUACGGCCACUCGACGAAAUUGUUUGACCCGAAUCCGAGAUCCAACUACCACUUCGCAUCUUCAGCAAGCCCACCAACUUCACCAACGACCACUCCCACCACUCUACCGCCCGGCAUGCCCGGAAUCUCUAAGCUCUCCCUCGUUGAGGGCGCAUUCGAAGAACUCUCCCUCGAACUCGCCGCAUACCUCGACAACGCAAAGGGCGAAGGCUCAACUCUCGCGGCCGACAUCACCCCACUCCUCGCCGACCCCGAAAAGUCAGACCGUCCCACAGAGACCGAUCGCGAUGCUGUGCUGAAGAAGUUGGUGACUGCGAGCUCCAUCCUCAACGGCGCACCCGAGAGAGAACUCCAGGCCGCAUACAAUCUCCUCAUCCACCUGGUGUCCCAGGCCGAAGACCCCGACCAAUACCUCCCACACAUCUGCCGAUACCUCACCGCACCCGUCACAUCAUCUCCUCACAACGGCACCGGAAUCGCGCUGGGAAUAUUGAGCACACUCUUCAACACUCUUGAGCCAGACGACGAGAGCAGAUAUCAUGUCCUUCUCGCGAUUAUCAAUGUGAUCAAGAACUCAGGCAACUAUGAGACAUUGGCGCCACAACUGAAGGCGGUGGACAGCUGGGUACACGAGUGGGAAUUGGAGCCAGCGGAUGCGCGAAAACUGUACCUCGCGAUUGCGGAUGCGGCGAAUGCUGCGCACGAAUUGGAGCAGAGCUACUCCUUCCUCCUCAAGGCUCUUCGCACAACCCAGAAUGAUGCCUCGUCAACAGAAGCGCGUGAACUCUCCGUACGCGCGCUGAAGCUUGCUCUUCAGAACGAGAAGCACUUCGACUUUCAAGACCUCACAGCACUCGACAGCAUCCAAGCACUCCGCAAAUCCGACCCGACCUGGUUCGAACUUCUCGAACUUUUCAGCUCGGAGAACUACGACGACUUCCAGGACUUCAAGGAGGGCAACGACUCAUUCAUCUCCGAAAACUCUCUCGACGAGGACAUCCUUGACAAGAAGAUGCGCCAACUCACUCUCGCCUCCCUCGCCGCCCAGGCCUCUUCCUCCCGUACUCUCCCCUACGGACACAUCGCCAAGGCCCUCAACGUCUCCACCGAAGACGUCGAGAUGUGGGUCAUCGACAGCAUCCGCAGCGGAUUGGUGGAGGGAAAGCUCAGCCAGCAGAAGCAAGAGUUCCUCGUCCACCGCAGCACGUACCGCGUGUUCGGGGACAACCAAUGGCGUGAGGUUGCAAGCCGAUUGGAGACUUGGCGUAGCAGCUUGACAAAUGUGUUGGCGGUCAUCCGUGCGCAAAAGGAGGAUCAUGCGAGGGAGAAGGAGUUGGAGGCGAGUGGGCAUGGUGCUUCAGGCGGUGGACAGGGUGGUUUCCGUAACCACAACCAGAGGCAGAGGAAUGAUCAGCAGCAGCGGCAACAACCGCAGGCUGUCGAGGUGGAGUAA